CCUUUAAGGGGCUGCACGAAUGCGUAUGACGCGGUGUGGUAGGCCCAGCAAUCGGAAUGCUCUGAGCCCUGCAGACAGGAAGCAGCUAAUUGUUCAUAUGUAACAUGGAAGAAAAACCAAUAGACACAUUUCUUGUUUCUCUUUGCUAUAUCAGUGAUCACAUUGGAUUUUAUGGAAGCAUCAAACAUUCUCCAUCUGACUUCGUGGUAACAGAGAUUGAUGUCACUGGGCAAUUGGUCACAAAGGACUGCAGGAAAGGAAGUGAAGGAAUACAAAGAGCCAGCAAUAAUGAACAUGACAUUAAAAAGCGAAAGAUAGGCCCAAAUGUUGCUGACUUCACACACGUUAUUGAUGCAUGUGUAAAAGACAUAUCUGAUUCAGUGAGAGAGAAAGUAGAGUAUGUCUCUGAUGACCACAAUUUACUUGUGUGUGAGUCGGGCCAGUAUAACUUACUUACCGCAUUGUUGAGUAUAGAUGUGAUGAAAUCUUUAAAUGACUUUGCAUGUUUAGUAAAAUCUUCUUUUGAAUCCCCUGUAUCUGGGAGUGAUCAUUGUGAACUGUCCUUGGGCUUGUUUUCCGAUAAAAAUAACAGAGCCAACAUCCAUAGCGCUGUCCGGCAGACAUUCCCAUUCCUCCUCACUGUUACCAGAAGUACGGAGCUUCUUGUUAAACCAAACCUGGAUUACCUAGAGCUUUCCCAGCUGACUUCUGAAGAGGAGACAGACGCAUUCUUUCAAUUUUUAGAUGCAAAAGUUGAAAACUCAAGGUUUACCUUUCAGCCAGAUGUGUGUAAAGAACACAGAACAUCUGUGCACCAUUUCAUCAGUAAAAAAUUCGGGAAGCUUUUAGAAACCAAAUCUUUUUCUAAGGAAAGCAAUGAUGGAUUGCAAAAAAUAUCUAUAACUGUUAGGUUCAGGGAGAGGAAAGGCUCAUCUGGGAAGAGGCAUAGGACAGAAGAAACUCCUGACAUAUUUACAGCAUUUACCCUUGAGAAAGAGAACCUGGAAACACUGGAAGCAAUCAGCUACCUCUCCUCCUCACUUGGUGUGCUACCCUCAGACUUUAGUUAUGCUGGAAUUAAAGAUAAGAAAGCCAUCACUUUUCAGUCUAUGGUUGUAAAGAAAGUGACUCCUCAGAGAUUGCAUGAAAUUGAAAGCUUACUUGAACAUAAAGGGCUGAAAAUACAUAACAUACGUCCCGCAAACCAGCACCUGCAUCUUGGUCAGAUGACUGGAAACCAUUUCAUGCUUAUUGUGAGGGAUGUUAGACAUCACAGUGAUGAUACAUCUGAAGAUUUGCAGAAGAGAGUUGAUGAGACAGUUCAUAAUGUCACGAACAGAGGUUUUCUAAACUAUUAUGGACCCCAGCGAUUUGGGAAGGGGCAGAAUGUGCAAUCACAUGAAAUUGGAUUGGCUUUGCUGAAAGAAGAAAUGGCACAUGCUACAAAGUUGUUGUUUACUGCGGAAGACAGUGAUGAUCCUGUAAACAAAGCAAAAAAAUAUUUUUUUGAAACUGAAGAUGCUAAAGGUGCCCUGGCAUUAAUGCCUUGUUAUAAAAUCCGUGAAAGACUGGUGCUGCGGGCAUUGAAUAGGUAUGGCUGGAGUGAUGAGGGAUGUGUACGAAGCUGGCUCAGUAUUCCACAUGCCAUGCGUAUCUUCUACAUCCACGCCUAUUGCAGUAAGAUCUGGAAUGAAGCCACAUCUUACAGAAUGUGCACAUAUGGCUCGAAGGUGGUAGAAGGAGACCUGGUGCUUUGCACUGACGAUACACAUGAUAAAUCUUCAUUAGGUGAUAGAGUUCGAGUUGUUACAGCUACUGAUGAGGAACAAACUAUAUAUUCGAUACAUCAGGUAGUCCUUCCAAUGCCAGGACACAGUGUUGCAUAUCCUACUAACCAGGUUGGACAGUGGUAUAUUGAAGCUCUUGCCAAUGCUGGGCUGCAGUCCUGCAAGUUUCGCAUUGGCAAAUUGCAGCUGAAUGUUCCUGGCUGUUACAGGCAUAUAGUAAAAUAUCCUCACAAUUUGUUAUACAAACUUAUUUUUGGAAGUGAUGACCAAUGUCAAGGAAUGGAUGAUAGGACUAAUCCUGAAGGUCUAAAUUCACAAAAAAUAUCAUUAAAAUUGUCCUUUGAAUUAGAUUCUUCCUGUUAUGCUACUGUUCUCCUCAGAGAGAUGAUGAAAUGCAACUUCUAAUACCUCCAUUUUCUUGUUUUGCUAUUGGACGUAUUGUCUCUGGUAAGUAUGCUUGAUUUUCCUGUGUACAGUGAUAGGAACAGUGGAGAUGACAAUGAUUAGUUAUUAACUAAACUGGUUUAAAUUGUAAAAUAUCAACCUUUUAGCUCCACAGAAAAUAAAAUAACUUGGCAAUAUACUGUUAUUAA